AGAAAGUAUCACAUUAGUUGGUUAUAUAUUGAAUUGAUCUAUUUAGCGGAGUACUCAUUUCAUCUGUGACUACAAAAAACAGCGAGAGAGAAAGAGAGUGCGAUUCAGAAAGAGAACGUGAGAGCAGCAGAGAAAUGGCUUCAAACGCAGCGGCGCCGUUUUGGAGGUCGGCGGGGAUGACUUACAUAACAUACUCAAACCUAUGCGCUAACCUGGUUAGGAACUGCCUUAAAGAGCCUUACAAGUCCGAAGCCCUGACCCGUGAGAAGGUCCACUACUCCGUCUCCAAAUGGGUCGAUGGCAAGCCUCAGAAACCCACCAUCCGCUCAGAUUCUCCCGAAGAAUGAGACCAACUGAACAAGGUUGGAUCUCGGGCUUUAUUUCUUCUCUCAAAUGAAUUUUGUACUUUCCUGGCAUUACAUACGGUGCUCGUCUGCUGGAGCUUGCAUAAAAACAUUUAUAUGCUAAUAAUAUAGCCGAUAGACCUUGAUACUUGUUGGAUAGAAUUGAGAUAAUGUUUAUUUUUAGAACCUGCUUCUGUUGUCAAGAAACUUAUUUCCGUUUUUCUAACGAAACUUGUCCAAUGGCCAUGGGGUUGUCAUAAUGCAUCAACCCCAAUGUUCACCUGUGUAAUAUAAGUCAUUGAGCCUUUGAAGAUUGUUGCGGAACAUAACCGAAAGUAACCGCCAGGGUCAGCGAAGCAGCGUUUCUCCGUCUUCAAAAAGGGUGAGAAGGAAGAAGAGGGUAGAGUAGAAUUGUUGUAUGCUUUAUUUCCUACGAGCUUGAACUAAAUAUCUAAAACUAAUGAAAUAAUACCAAUACGACUUACA